AUGGAAGGAAUAGAAGAAAGAAACGCAGGGCUUGAACACCACGAUGGUGUUUAUAUGGGGUCCUGUUUAUCAAAUCUCAUAUUAUCAGGGGGGACAAACACCCUUGACUCAAUUUUCUCUCAUUACACACCACCAAAUACCACUAUUACUAUUGCUACCAGCUCUACGAUGGAGCCAUUAAGCACUUUGGGAUCCUCAGUUUACCAUCGCCAGAGAGAUAUCCUGCAAAAGUUCUAUGAGGAAAACCGGUUGAAUGGUUCUUCUGUUCCCAAUUCCUCAAAAAAUAAAUUCCUAAACAGCAUAUGCACCAGCCCUUGUAACAAAAAGGUUUACAGGGGAGUGAGACAGAGACAGUGGGGAAAAUGGGUCGCAGAGAUUAGACUCCCUCAGAACAGAAUGAGGGUGUGGUUGGGCACUUACGACACUCCUGAAGCUGCUGCUUAUGCUUAUGAUCGUGCUGCUUAUAAGCUCAGAGGUGAAUAUGCUCGUUUGAAUUUCCCAGAUGUGAAGGACCCGUGUAACUUAUUAGGACUCGGAGAUUCCACGAGAUUGAACGCUUUGAAGAGCUCCGUGGAUGCUAAAAUUCAAGCCAUGUGUCAAAAGGUUAAGAGAGACAAGGCCAAGAAGCGUUCUUCGAAGAAACUAAAUUCUGGUAAUAACGUUGACAACAGUGAGAGUGAGAAACCACAGGCACAGAAGAUAGAGUCAUCUUCUUGUUCUUGUUCUUCAUCUUCGUUGCCGUCAAAGGUAAUAGAGGAGUCGGAUUUUGAAGACUGUUCCUUGGCAAGGAUGCCAUCCUUUGAUGUUGAGUUGAUUUGGGAAGUUUUGGCCAAUUAG